AUGGCACCCUCACUUGAUUCGGCCGUGGAGCCACUGACCGAAUACAAAGAAAUACCAUUUCCCAGAACUCAAGAUGAUCUGUCGCAGUACAAAGGCCCCGACUGUAUGGCCCCUGACAAAGAAAUCCAUACUGCAUACUUUUCGCCGCGUGGAAGCCACAGCAGUCACGGUUCUCACGACUCCAUCGCCUCCUCCAGUAUAAGCCUCGACGACCCCCAGAUGUCGGACUUGAUCACUCGGUCGAAUGUAUUCCAUGACACCUCGGACACGAUCGAUGCAAAGUUGUCGAUGUACUGGGAAGCGGCGAAUGAAACGGUGAUCCGGGAGCCAUACGACUACAUCGCCGGAAUCCCAGGCAAAGAGAUCCGCCGAAAGCUCUUGGAGGCAUUCAACCACUGGUACAAAGUCGACGAGCAACCAUGCCAGGCUAUUGCAGCCACAGUUGGCAUGGCACAUAAUGCAUCACUGCUCAUCGACGAUAUCCAAGACAGUUCCAAGCUCCGAAGAGGUGUGCCAUGCGCACACGAGGUGUAUGGCGUUGCCCAGACCAUCAAUUCCGCUAACUAUGUCUACUUUCUGGCUCAGGACCAGCUGUUUAGACUCCGGAACUGGCCGCAGGCGAUUUCAGUAUUCAACGAAGAAAUGGUCAACUUGCACCGCGGUCAAGGCAUGGAGCUGUUUUGGCGGGAUAAUUUGUUGCCUCCGUCCAUGGAUGACUAUCUUCAGAUGAUCGCUAACAAGACAGGUGGACUGUUUCGGAUGGCUGUGCGUCUGCUCCAGACAAGCAGCAGACACGUCGUAGACGUUGAGCAAUUGGUGGAUGUUCUUGGACUUUACUUUCAAAUACUCGACGAUUACAAGAACGUCAAAGAAGAGAAGAUGGCCGCUCAGAAAGGGUUCUUCGAAGACCUAACGGAGGGCAAAUUCUCGUUCCCCAUUUGCCAUGCAAUCAGAGAAGGGAACAAAAACAGAGAUAUGCUGCUCCAUAUGAUGAGGCUCAAAACGGAAGACCUGGAGGUCAAGCUAGAAGCAGUCCGCAUCCUGGAGGCUGCAGGCAGUCUGGAUUACACGCGAGAGGUACUUUAUGGGCUGGACAGAAAGGCUCGCAGUCUUCUUCGGGAUUUCAAGGCCCCGAACCCAUUCAUGGAGGCUCUUUUGGACGAAUUGUUGAGCAGCCUUCAGGCCUGCCAUUGA